AUGGCAAACGAUUCUUUGAGCCGAGCGGGUGACGACGCGUUCCUGCCUUGGGAAGUCGUCAACUUUACAUUUUCAUGCCGCAACACCGACUCCCAGCUUGUCAUCAUGUGCAACGAUGUGCGCUUCGUCCUCCAAUUAUCCAGGAGCAACUUUGAUGCAUCCCCUCAACUUCUUCAAAGAUAUCUCUUCUUUUUGCGGGUUGCUGAGGAUGUUGAACUUGAUGGGAAUACUGUUGAUGACUUGUAUGAUUGGGCCGCCGAGCCUCUUUUUCCGAUAUUUCAUGGAAUGAAGUCUUCGCCCAACCCGUGCAGGCGAUCUGUGCAAAAUUUCCUUACCCCAGAAACGCACCAUUACAAGAUUUGCGGCAUCCACGAGAAGCUGGUUGCAAAGCCCAUGACUCUUGGCCGAAAUAGCGGAUCAAGGUAUGGCACUCCAUUAUGCGAAGAGUACUAUGAACAGUGGCCUGACUAUCUCCCGUCCGAGGUUUGGAUUGACCAAGAAACCCGGAAUAGAGUUCCGACUCAUGUACCAAGGAGGGUUCUGUUGCCAGAUGGCACCAAGGCCUUUCUGAAGAUGAUGCACCUGGGUGAUAAUUGGAGCCUCAGACAGGAGGUUACAAAGUACCAGGCCAUCCGAAACGCAUCAGUCGAUGCAUCGCUUCGCAUCUCACGCUUGCUGGGACUCGUCAAGGACGGAAACGGGCUGGUAUAUGGUCUACUACUCACCAAUGUGGACUGUGGUGGCACGACGCUCUCCUGUGCAGUACGGCCAGAAACGCCGGGCACCCUAAAAGAUCGGUGGAUAGGACAGAUCCGAGAUACUCUUUGCCAGUUACACUCCGCGGGGAUAUCUUGGGGCGAUGCCAAGCCGGCGAAUGUACUGGUUGACAGGAACAUGGAUACAUGGCUUGUGGACUUUGGCGGUGGACAUACUGAAGGCUGGGUGCCCAAGGAGCUGGCAGACACGAUUGAAGGUGAUCUCGUGGGCCUCAGAAAGAUAGAACAGUUUGUUAAGGAUCCUGAAAGCAUGCCUGUUCAGUAG